CUGAAGCGAGUCGCGCUGCACCCUCGCCGGUUAAUGGUAAAUAUACCCGCGAAAUGAGAGACUUCGAUCUGUGUGCAUACAAAAUAUCGAUACCUCAUGACUUCUGAUUUAAUUUAAUGCUGAGUGACCCGUGGGCAUCUGUAAAUCCAGGACAUUAUUUCGAUUAUUCGAUCCAAGUCGGAGUGCGGGAUGAAAAUCCAAGAUGGCCGCCGAGCUUCCUGUCCCGCGCGCUUCGCAAAAGUUUACGCCGCGAGCUUUCGCAGAUAUUAUGCGGAGAUGACGUGACGCAGAGGCGAAAACCUUUGAAAUUCGCAAGUGCGAUUAUCUAACUCCAGUUACCCGAAAAUAUUGUGAAGAUCGCGCGGAAUGUGCGAGAGAUCGCGACCUUCAGGGGAGCUCCGGUAAACUCGAUCGCCGGGUCGAAACAUAACCUCGAUGUGAACAGUGCGUUUACCCCCGUUGAUGGAUUUAUGAAGCUCGACACAAAGCACGGGAAUAAUCAACGGAUAAGAGAAGUCCUUAGGUCCACUUUGGCGCUAUUUUGACCGGCGUGAGUUUCGACGAUUUACGCAGAACUUUACAUUCCGAUCCGGCAUCUGCGCGAGUCGAAGGCGUCUUCGGUGAAGCUUGACAAAGGGAGUCGCAAAUCCGGAUUUUCGGGAAUUCGUUUAAUGGACCAGGAGGCUCUCGCGGCACUUUUCGAUCGGCGGGCUUGGAAGCACAAGAGGAGGCCCAUCUUGCAAGCGCAUCUCCGAGCCCCGUUCGUCGAAAAAAUGCCGCGCUGUACGUUGCAGCCCAUCGAGGAGUCCAACUCGGCCAGGUCGGGCGACAACACAGCGAGCAAUGAGCACCAGGAGAAGGACAGCCUGAACGAGACCGGAAGCACGACGGGAGGCACCGUGGAGGGCAACCCCGCGGGCAGCCCCGCCAGGGGAGACAGGACCCACCUGGAGAACGACUCACCUGGCCAGGUGGCUUCGACCUCUCCGCGCCCCAGGUCGCUCGUCUCCAGGAUCCUGGCCAGGGCGAGAUCCCCGGACGACCUCUUAGACCACGCGGAGCCAUUCUCGCAGCUAUGGAUCGUCCUCUCGAACGUCUACGGGGAGCUGAUGGUGGUGCUCAUGAUGGCGCUCUGUUUGGCCGAGGUCAUGGACACCCCGGUGCCCCUGCUGAGCCUCCAGGGCGUCUUCCUGAUGUACCUCUACGUCGGCAGCAUCGCCGUCAUCAUCGGCAUCUAUCUAUGGGUGCUGAUCGACAGCUGCGGCAGCUUUACCGGAGGUGGAGGUCUGGACGCUGAGCUGGGCAAUGCUUCCCUCACCAGGUUCGGCUCCCUGAAGAAGGCCCACAUCUCCAGGGCUAGAACUGCGCCCACUAGCUUCUACAUCAGGGUCGGGGCGUUGCUUUUCGGCCUGGCCACCCUGGUCUUCAACGGCCUCGAGAUGGCGAUGCACUCCAUGAUGCAGGGCGCGGAGUGCCUGAGCGACGUCGUCUUCGUGCACCCGGUCCUCCACGGGCUCUUCACCUUCCUGCAGAUGCACUUUCUCUUCGUCAACUCUCAGGUCCUGGUGGAGCGUUUCGGGUUGGCGGCCAGAUUUGGCUUCACCCAUCUGGCCGCGACCAACGUCGCGGUCUGGGCUCGUCUCGUCAUCUGGGAUUCGGCCCAGGAGUGGACCUACUUCGUGCACCUGGCUCAGAGAGGACCAGGGGCGUCCUCUUCGCCGUUGAGUCUUCGAGGAUUCCCGGGAUCCCUGAUCAGACACACCAGAGAUCUUGGAGAGACGAACCCUGGGGAGGUGUCCUUCAAGCCUUACCAGCCGAUCUCGGACGAGCAGAUCUCCCAGGUGGUGGCUCUUCAGGAAUGCCUCAACACGAAUACCCUGGGACAACUCUGGACGUCCAGCAUGCUGUUCCUCUACCCCUUCAUCGUCCAGUUCAGCCUGAUAGCCGCCGCGGUGACCUUCGUGAUGGGCCAGAACGUCGGCAGGAACCGACUGUCCUCGAAGAAGUUCCACUGCGCGAAAGAGCUCGCCGGGAAUACGCGGAUCGGCUGCGACGGCUCGAGCAAAGGCCUCUUCCUGGGGAUUCUCUGCAUGGUCGCGGGCAUCGUGGUCAUCCUGAUCUUCUUGGUGGUCCGGGAGGACGCCAAUUUCCCAUCGGCCACGCUCUCCUGGCUAACCUGCGGCACCUUGAUAGGAAUCCUCUCGCUGAGUGGCCUGAUGACGGCCAGUGGGCUGGUGCAGGUGCGGCAGAUGUCCGUCGUCACCAGGGCACCGGCUGCCUUGGACAACCUGCUGUCCAACGUGGCGCUCUUCGGGGUCCAGCUCUACUCGGUGUUCACCAUCGUGGUGUGCGCGUGUUCACUGGCCACCAUGGACGAGGCUUCUUCGGGGAAUCAGGGAAGACACGCGAUGUUGUUGUCGGCCUCGGUGAUCCAGCUGGUCCAGUGCUUCGCCCAGAGCACCCUGAUCGCCGAGGCCUCGAAGAGGUCCUGCAUUACGCGCUUCCAGAUGUCCGUCAAGCCUGCUCGCCAGGUUAUCACCUUCCUGCUCUUCAGCAACGCCGUGCUGUGGGCCUUCGACACCGUGGUCACCCAGAACUGGGUGUCGCAGGAGCUCCAGCUCAGGUUCUUCGGAGUCCUCGCCUGGGGCGUCGUCUCCAGGAUCGGCCUACCUCUCCUCGUUUUCUACCGAUUCCACAGCUGCGUGAUGCUCCUCGAGGCUUGGAACAAGUGCUACAGAGUACCUAGGGGCGAGGUGCCGCUCAACUGACGACGCGGAGACCCACGGCGGUCCUCCUCCAGGUUGCAGCAGCGACCUCGUCGCUACCACCGGCGCGGGAAAGUGAAGCUGGACCUCAGGAAGACCGACUUCAAGGUCCACCGUGGGCCAGCUCGCGACUCCCUGGUACCGGACUCGCCGAUCCACGCUCG